AUGGAUACGCUCCUGGUUCUGGCAAAGAAACCCCUGGAGGCCUCGUCCCUAGGGAAACUUUUGGAGUCCCACUCCUCCGUGUACGAUGCUUUGAACAAUCCAGACUUAGACGUGAACAUCCCCACGCUGCCUCCCUUGCCCAACCCCAUGGACCUGAGACUCACCUCGACCUUCUCUCUGUGGCUGAACAUCCAUCUUCCGCCAGACUCCGUGGCGGCCAGGCUGGUGCAUAUCUCGUCUUCUGUGCGUUCUAGUGGUGGGGCCUCGCCUGCUUCCGUCAACAGACCGGCUCUGUCGCUGAUUUUGUCCAAUACCUCCGAGGAAGGCGAGGAGUCGAUGGUGCUUGUGCCCAGCAAGCACAAUUCUUCCUCGGCAGUGAUGGUGUUUGAGACAGAUGAGGAGUCUGGUGAAGAGGACAUCCACGAGGUGGUGACGGAGUUGCCCAAGAAAUACGGCUCCUGUCCUUUGGCUCACUUCAACGACGACGACUCCACCUUGACCGCUAACGACGCUCAUUCCACAAAACGCGUCGACUUGCCGCUGCAUCUGUCGUCCUCGUUCAUCAUGCCCAAGAUUUCUUUGUCUGAUAAUCAGAAUCGGUACCGUCUUACCAUUGUCACGUCGGCGAGCACUACUAUGAAACAGCAGUCCUCAAAGCUCACUGCGUUUCUACGCAAGAGUUUCGACUCUCUCAUGCUGAGAUUGCAAAUCACCCAUUUGGUGUUGUCCAGCACCACCAUGAAACUUGAUACUUCCUUGCUCAGGUCGUCCGAUUUGGUGUUUGUGGUCAAUGACGGUACUAUGGUGAUCCCAGAGGUGUUGGCAUCUGCCGCACAAAAUGUUCACGAUGCUGACCUCCCAAAGCUUACCAUCAUAAACGUCAUCACUACAAAUUACUUCAUUAAUCUUGUCGACAUUAUCAGCUCAUGGAGACCGUUCCAGAUCUGGAAGGCACCAUCCUUGUGCAGCGAGUCACUUCUCGUUCGGUUCAAGUCUUUUGUGGACGACGAGCUUUUCGACUCCUCAGGUGGUAAGUACGCUAGGGAAUUCGAGGCGAGGAAGCGCAAAUAUAACAGGAAUGAUCCUCCUCCCACGUUCCCUGAUGAUGUUAAUGUUGCUGAAGUUGGCAACUCCGCUGCUUCCAACUCCGUGUACGACAGUCUAGUGCGCCCUUGUAAGCGGGACUACAAAGGCAUCGAACGUCAGAUUCGCUCGGAGUUGCAGUUGUCUCAAAGCUUCACAAAUACUGACCCUUUGCGACUCUCUUCGGAUUUGCACAACUUUGUUGAGCUUUUCCGUGUUGCAAAACGCCUCUUGGGUCUAAGGAAGAGGUCUGCUGCCGAAAAAGAUCUUCAUCUCAAGCGCAUUGACGGUCAGAGAGGAGACGACUCAUGGAUCUGGUCAUUCGUGACGUCAAAAAAUGUGUGGAUAGUCUGCAGCUUCUCGAUGGGGCUUGGUGUGGGCGUAACUGUUGCCAGCGGUGCUGCAACAGUUUUGAUAGUGAAUCUCUACGACUCCUCAAAGAGGUAUUGGUCGAUGGCUUGUGAAAAGAUAGUGGCAAGGCUAACGGUGUCGCCUGUUCAAGAUAGUGCGGUCUACAAUGUGAGCUCAAAGUCAUUAGACAAAUUCGCAAAUUACACGGAUGUUAUCAACAAUAAGAUUGUGGGCUGGUCUCAUGCUAUUGUUGAUAGCUUGGUGAAUUUCACCAAAUCGGAGUUUUUCAAUGAUAUCCUAGCCUGGUUCAAUUCGUACAUUCACGCGAUUAAAUCACUCAGUACAGUGGCCAUGAUGGCAGCACAAAACGGGCUAGAGAAGACGCUAGCGCUUUUCUCUAACUUUGCAGGCAUCUCCCUCUGA